UUGGUUGCUGCACAUUCACAGGACGUGUGUGUCGGGUUUUGUGUGUGUGUGAGUGUGUGUGUGUUUUGUAGUUUGUCCGUGCUGCUCUGUGCACACAAACGUCCCUCUUUUUGUUUUUCAUUAUCGGAUAUAUAAUCAACUUUUUCCUCGACUUCGAAGUUCUUGUUUGGGAGUUUAUUCAUUGAAGAGGAAGAGGAGAUUAAAAAAGACACAAAAAAGAAAGCAGAGAAGAAGAAAGAGAGAAACCUGGAGGUGGAGAAGAAGGGCGUUCAUACUAAGAAGUAACCAUGGAAGUUCCUGGUAUGCAGAGUUCUCAGAUUGACCCAGAGGAGUUGUUCACAAAAUUGGAUCGUAUUGGAAAAGGAUCUUUUGGAGAGGUGUUUAAAGGCAUCGAUAAUCGCACCCAGAGCGUGGUUGCCAUCAAGACGAUCGACCUGGAGGAGGCGGAGGACGAGAUCGAGGACAUCCAGCAGGAGAUCACGGUGCUCAGUCAGUGUGACAGCCCGUACAUCACCAAGUACUACGGCUCCUAUCUGAAGGGAAGCAAACUGUGGAUCAUCAUGGAGUAUCUUGGUGGAGGAUCAGCGCUCGACUUGCUGCGGGCGGGGCCGUUCGAUGAAGCUCAGAUUGCCACCAUGCUGAAGGAGAUCCUGAAGGGUCUGGACUACCUGCACUCGGAGAAGAAGAUCCACAGAGACAUCAAAGCCGCCAACGUCCUUCUGUCGGAGCACGGUCAGGUGAAGCUGGCCGACUUCGGGGUCGCCGGUCAGCUGACGGACACGCAGAUCAAAAGGGAAACUUUUGUGGGGACGCCGUUCUGGAUGGCGCCGGAGGUCAUCCAACAGUCCGCCUACGACUCAAAGGCUGAUAUUUGGUCUCUGGGCAUCACCGCCAUCGAGCUCGCCAAAGGAGAACCUCCCAACUCCGACAUGCACCCGAUGCGAGUUCUGUUCCACAUCCCCAAGUCCCCGGCUCCGACGCUGUCUGGAGAGUUCUCCAAGAGUUUUAAAGAGUUCACCGAGGCCUGCCUCAACAAGCAGCCGUCAUUUCGUCCCACAGCCAAGGAGCUCCUCAAACACAAGUUCAUCGUCAAAUACUGCAAGAAGACGUCGUACCUCAGCGAGCUGAUCGACCGGUACAGGAGGUGGAAGGAGGAGGGGCACAGUGGCAGCAGCUCCGACGACUCGGACGGUGAGUCCAGUAACAAAGAGAACAGCGAGUCACCUGAGUGGUCCUUCACCACGGUCCGUAAGAAGAAGACAGAGGGCAUAAAGGUCCUCAAUGGAACGGGUCAGGAUCAGCUGAAUAAAUCUGCCAGUCUGACCACAGUCAUCUCUCCGGUCUUCACUGAGUUAAAGCAGCAGCACAAGGAGCACUCUGAGCAGCGGCUGGCCAUCGAGGAGCUAGAGCGAAACAUCCGACUGGCUGAAGAAGUGUGUCCGGGCAUCACGGACAGGAUGGUCACAAACAUCAUUGCCAGGUACCAGAAAUUCUCGACCAACUGAAAGAUGGAUUGGAAACAGGAAGUACGCUAUGUAAAGAGAGACUGUGUCUCCGUACGGUGACGCUGUUGGACGCUUGGAAACGGAGGAGAUUUGCUGUGCGAUGUCUCCUCACUGUACACACACAUCACUCACACUUACACACACACACACACAUACACACACUACCAAUGUAAUAUAUACACUAUAAUAUAUAUAUAUAUAUAUGAGCUCACUGCUGCUGGUGGAAGCCCCUUAUUGGCCCAUGUUUGAUUUGAACGUUUCUGCUCCUUUUUUUUAAGUCUUGAGCUUAAAAAAAACUAUUUUGAAUAAUUAGAAAAACAUUUAGAUUUUAUUUAAACAUAACAAACCCCCUUAAAUAACCGUCAUGUGCCUUAAUAAUUUAUACUGAGUCCUCUUCUCGACACUUUUUGAAUCGAUGUGUGUUUUUGUUGGCGCAUAAAGAGGGUUCUCGUCCAUCAGCAGUGGCGUAUGUUUCGCGUCAAGACUUGCCUUGACUUUGUAGAUGUCGAUAUGUUUGUUCAGUAGCACUUCAGACGGAUGAUAUGCCAAUAUUCAACAUGUUUGUUUGUUUUCAGUAAUGCGUUGAGUUACAGCUCCCUGAUCCUGGAAUUUACUUAAGGUCAGGUCCGCCCCUCGGAGUUAAACUACGAGGCUACAUUUUACAGUUUUAAUGAAUCACUCAUUUAAAUUAAACAUUUACUUUCAAGUUAGUGCAAGAGCCCAUGAAGAAACUUGGAAUCCUUCAAUCCUCAUGUCUACUUACAGAUUUUUAUGACUUUUUCUUUUCAACAUUUAAGGUGAAUAAGCUACUCUUUGAUUAAACACACUUUAGGAUGUUUUCUAAGAGGAUAAACAUCAGUUGAACUGAAUCUUUUGGCACCACUCUGGCCAAGAUAGGUAGCUAGGAUCUACUUAAAGCUAGCUAGCUAGCCAGCUAACUUUGAAGUUAGUAGCUGAAUUUAACGAUUAAAUAUGUUUGACAUCCUCAAAGGUACCUAGAAUCUAUUUAACAGGUAAGCUAGCUAGCCAGCUAACAUUUAAGUAACUAGCUAAAUGUAACAAUUAAAUAUGUAAAACAUCCCAAAGUUGAUUUAACUAUUGCUAGUUAGGAAAGAGUAACUACAGAAGUGUUAAUAAUGGCUGCCACUUGGGGGGAACAUACCAGUGUAGCUACAUUUGUUUGCUAAUUAAUACGUAGCAUCACACAACUGUUAGCAUCAUUUGUGGCUUAAAAAACUGUGAAAAUGGAGGGCGGUAUCUGGACGUUGCCUUUGGUCUAGAAGUUAAUUAAGUUCAUAUUCAGAUCAUAAUUUGGUACUCUCUCUUGGGUGCUUGUGGUUAAAAAAAACAAAUGGUUAGAUUGAGAUUUUAGCUUUGGAAAUUAAUCAAAACAUUCGUUUUCCGGACUUUACAAGCGAAACACAACUGUGCUGUUUGUUCAAUGUGCAUCAAGUUUGGUAAAACAUUGAGUACACUCAGCUUGGGUUUGAAGGUCGACUUUUAACAACAUACUUGCUGUAAAUGUUGUUUUUUAACACCUUACAUUGGAAAGUAGCACAGAUGGUUUUUUCUAUAGCAUGAAGGGAGCUGUAAUCUAAAUGUAUUACUGAUAGUUUGUACCAAAGACACUAUAAAAAAUUGGUCAUUGUAUAUUUUUGUCUUUUUAUAUAUCAUAAGGGAUACGACAACGCUUGUUAAGGGGGGAUAUGUAAAGUGGAAGAUGUAAGAUUUUACAGAAAUGUACUCUUUUUGUAGCGGGACUUAGAGUUUUAUGAAUAAAUAUUUAAGUUUGAUUGAGAAAUAG